AUGGCAGCAAAACUCAUAUUCAAUCCCUCCGACGAUGCGUUUCUAACGCAAAGAAAUCUUAUCAAACCAGCUACACGCCGAAGAAGAUUAAUUUCAUCAUCUAUUUUACAAUCUGAAUCACUCUCCUCAUCCGAUUCCGGUUCCGGUUCCGGUUCAUCAGAGGGAAUCGACAUGAAAGACUUCACCAUUAUACCCGAGUUUCUCGAGAGCGAGGAGACCAUAGAAUGGCUUGGAUGGAAUCCCACAAAAGCUGCUGAGAUAUGGAACAGGUGGAAGGAAAUACAAGAGACAGAGCAGGAUCAGGGAACAAUCUUCGAGGUUGAAUUUCUCCAAUGUGCUCUAGGGCAUAUUCCUGGCCGGAGUUUCGAGGAUGGUUCCAGCGACUGGGAGGAACACAUGAGAAGCUGGGGAAUCAGCGACGAGCUUAGCGAUGCUAUAAUGGAUGCCGAUUUCACCGACAUAAGAUGCACAGAAUCGGCUCAGCACUGGGUAACCGAUACUAUCGAGAUAAGAUAUCUAAGUUUGGAAAGAAUCAAGAGGGAAAGUGAUCAGAGGACGAUCAACAACCAUACCAUGAAUCCUAGUGUAGCAAGUAGUGCGGUACCACGAUACUCAAGGGUACCGGGUCUUCAAACCUUGUUCAAAGCCAUCUCGACAGAGAGGUUGAGAUACAGCGAUAGCAAGAUUAACAUUGACUCUCUAGUGAGUGAAGGAGCGACUGAUUUUCGAGGCUACGGAGGUGCACUAUAUUUCACACCUGACUACAAGGUUGCGGAUAAUUACCGACGAUACAUCAGAAGACGAGUUGGUUCAACACGUGCGCUAAUGAUUCAACUGACCCUGCCAAAUGCAUGGAUAGAGGGACUCCCCCCCCGUGUGUUGGAAUUCGGGGAUCUUUGGAAAAAGUUGGUACAUACCAGUCGUCAAGGCAACAGAUUGACCGGAGACAUGAAAUACAUUCGCAAUUUGCCCCUCAUCAUUGCACCAAUUGCGCACUCGCCCAACAAGGCUAUUACCAGACUUGAAACAUGGACGGAGGUGGGCAUUCAGCACGUCUUGAAAAUGCCAGGGCAGGAAACUUUACCAGUGCAAUACGCGUUUCAAGUAGAAGACAACUUUGAAGAGAUCGAGCAAAUUGGCGAGCUAAAAGUGGUGGCAUAA